UCGGAGAAUGACAACAGACGGAGGAGAAAUCAUUGUGAGGAACUAGCGGCAGAAAUGGCUCAACCUUCAGCUGAUCUUCAAGUUGCCGGUGGCGACAACGACGCUCUUGAUGGUGCUGAAGGUGGCGUUGAACCCUUCGAAAAUGAUGUGAAAACUCGUCCUGGUAAAUCUAAAAGGAAACAGAAGGAAAAUAAUUCUAAAAAAGGGGCGCGAAAUCCUUACUUUGACCUCGCUGCUGAUGUCUCCGGUUCUUUUAAGCAGCUUCGCACUCCAGGCAGCAAUGAUGACCGCGAUUCGCUGUUUCAGCGUGAGUCAACCGACUCUAUGCCUCAUCAGGAGUCUGUUUCAGAAUACGACCUAGACGCCACUUGUGGGCCAGGCUCCGACGGGCAUAGAAGCUUCCAGUCAGAGACAUACAGGCUAGAGAUGGGAACUACAUGCAGUUACAGACAAGAAAACUCUGGGUCAGUUGUGCAACAGGAAUCCAUCUCGGAAUAUAACCCAGACGCAACUUGUGGCUCAGCCUCGGAGAGCUGUGUACAUUUAAACUUCGAAUCAGAGAUGCACAAUGAAGAGAGGUCUGAAACUGAAUACGACCUUAAGAAGGAAGGAACUGGAUCAUUCGUGCAACAGGAGUCACUUUCGGACUAUAACCCAGACGCAACUUGUGGGUCGGGUCAUGAAAGCUCUGGAGCUUUCAGAGACGGAGACUCGUUGAAUUAUCGAGGUGAAGGCACUAAAUCGGUUGCCCAACAAGAGUCUCUUUCAGGGUAUGACGAAAGUGGUUCUUGUGGUUCAGGGCUUUUACGCUCAGACAAUGAAAGGUUUGAAUACUCUAGCAUUCAGACGGAAGAUUCGCAAAGUUUUCACGAAGGAAGUUGUGGGAUGGAGGAUCACCUUUCAAAGUCUACCACUUAUUUUGAUGCAACUUAUGGAGAAUGCCACUCUAAGACAGAUGGAGAACCUUACUCCAAACGAACGAAACCUAACCCAGAGGUAACAGAGGAACUUUCACUUCCGCCAACCUCGGAGUCGAUGCAAGAAUCAAUACCAAAAGUAUCUGCAGCGAAUUCCGAACAAGACGAAGCCAUUUCUGUAGAAAGUGAAGGAAUUAUCUCUCGACCUACCGAAGUACAACCUAUGUCAAGAAAUGUUGAUACAAAAUGCGAUCCCUGUUUGAGCUCAGAGUUCGAGAACAUGAAUCUUGCAGACAGCGCCAGCGUUGAAUCCGGUCGAUAUGACUUCUCUCUAUCGGAAAGUGCUGCUUCAAGUUUCCAGUCAAAUAACUGGCAAGAGGCAUGGAGAGAUCCUCAGAAGUCACCGAAGAAUGACGCUGGUGGUGUCAGAAGUAAUUCCAACGAUUUCUCUGAUUUUGGAGAUUAUCGCUCGCAAUAUUCGGCUCCUGUUGGCAAUUCGCAAGGCGCUAGACCUAAGACCACUUUUAAGGUACCCCAUGGAAAGAAAUCUAAAAGGCCGAAACAGAACACAAAGAACGCUUAUACUGAGCUUGCCAAGGACUUAGCUGGCGACGUAUUAGCCAUGAACAAGCAAUUAGAAGAAUCACAAGCAACAGCACGUGAAACAAGUUACAAGGAAGGAAGUGUAAAAGGGAAAGAGUUGUUGAACAACAGCACAGGACAAAAAGCAACGUCCAGAGAACGGCUUUUAGCAGAUGUACCCACCGAAGCUCGCAGAGAGGCUAAUGAUAGAAGUAGGGAGCGAAAAAGCCAAGAGCUUUUUGACGGAAGCAUCGUAGAAAAUGAGUCAGCUGCUGGCAGUAGUAUGGUAUCGGAUAGUCAUAGUGUGAGAGAACAACGGACACUGUUUGAUGGUAGUAGUUUGCAAACUGAGAUGUCAAACGACACUUCAUUACUUUCUAAUCCGUCGGAGGGAGAAAGUCUCAGUUCUAGUCAACAGACGAGCAUGACAACGAACAAGGACCUGGGAAGGAUGGAUGUUUCUACUUCGAGGAAGGACGUCUCUGCUAGAGGAAAUGGCGCAACUUUUCGGGAGAGAUACGAUUCUGAGGCGGAACGACGGGCUCAACUCGAAGAGCAGCAACGCACGAUUGACAAUAUGGCACCAGAGCUUCAAGCACUGGUGAUACAGAUGAUGCAGGGAAACGAGGAGGAACAGAGAGGGUACGCGACUCAUAACUUGUACUACAACCCCCCUGUACCUCCAAGAACGCUUCCUCCGGCUCGUGGACGAAGCACAAACCAAGUAAACUAUGCAGAUGGAGCCUCUAAGAAGCGUGGAGGCAAGAAAUCUCGUAAGGGCCCUAAAAACAAAGGUCACUAUGUAGAGCUUGCGGGUAUUAUAGCCCCUCAGUUCGCAGCAAUGAAUGCAGAGAUGGUGAAUGGACACGGUAAAGAGCCACAAGCAGCAGCAGCAGCAGCAGAAACAACUGCCCCAGGCAUGCGCACUGGGAAUGAACCGUCUAAGCUACAACCUGGUUCUCAUCAUGAAGCCAACGGACUGGAUCCUAAUCUGACUGGUGCGCGUCCUCGUGAUCAUAUGUCUUUUUCAGGUACAAGACUUCAAUCACGUGACCAGUCACGUGGUUAUUCGUCUAUGCCACACUCGGGAGCUCAGGGUAGAGACACCACUGAUGGUCGAGGUGCAUCAAGCCUUGUGGCAAACGGAACGACCUCCUCAAGAAGACAAGGCGGCAGCAAAGGCAAAGAUCCCAUCGGCAAAGAGAAUCGUGGGAAGCAAAACAAAAACAAAGCCGAAGAAACGAAAAAAUCUACGCUAUCUCAAAUGGCGGAAAACAUGGCACAAUCUUUCCAGCAACUAAACGAGCAGCUGGAAGCGCAACAUCAACAACAACAACGUCGGCCGCUUUCUUUCAAUAGCAACGGAGGUGCUGCUGCUGCUGCUGCUCGUGUUUCACCUGAACACGAAAAUGGUAGAACUUUUACGGCCGAAGAAGCUGUUGUGCGUGAUAAAAGUAGUGCUGUGACGAAUAAAAAUGCCCCGUCAGGCGCUGAGCGCAGUGAUAGAUAGAGUGACGUUGUGUUCUUCCCGAGUGUUAUUCAAUCUACUUGCUUUUACUUAUACCAAACCUUCCAAGAUGAAAGAGCUUUACAAAACAUAUCCUUUGUCUACUCUUAUUUCAAUAUAAAUAAAAUACUUAAGUAGAAUAGAGCUUAUGUAUAUUCUGCGCUGAUAGACUCACACUCCCUGAUUUUAAUCUGGCGAGUGAUCUGGUUUCAUAGGGAAACAAGACAGAAAAAUUAUCUUAGAGUUCUAUUGAUGGAUUAAAAGGGUCUAGCUUUUUUUUAAUUUGCUAUCGGACGACCGCGCAGCAGAAAUCCGAUUUGUUUUUCACCAAAUUAGAUGACACGAAGUCUUGUUACCAAUUUACCACUGACAAAAUUAACAAUUUCCGAGAAAAGAAGAAUAGCCAAGUUAUAAGGGAAGAAAGAAACAGUUUGCAUCAAUUAAGGGGUCUGCAUGCUGUAUCUAUGGUGAUUGAAACCGAGGUUGGGAUUGGUUCAUUUAAACCUUAACUUUGACUGUGAUUGGUUGAUUCAAAGUACAACUUUAAAUGUGAUUGACUUAUUGCACUGUCCAUUGACAACUUGGUGUUUUUUUAAACCCAUCACAAUCGAGAAAAUUGUAAUUUUUGUUAUUAACAAUCACUUUACCAUUCAUGCACAACAACAGACACUUUCGUGUUGGGUAAUUUUGACAAGAACUCUAUAAGAACGUUUAGUUUGGGAAGUUUAGCUAAAUAUAUUUCGUUUACAUGACUGUAAUCACAUUCGUGUCAAUCGUAAUUAAAGAUUGAGACAUGUCA